CUUGCUCUUGAUAACGAAAGUUCUGUCGGUCUUGCUCUUGUUAACGUCAUUUCAGUCGGUCCUGCUCUUGUUAACUUAAGUUCGGUCGGUUUUGCUCUAAGUAACGUAAGUUCUGUCGAUCUUGCUCUUGUUAACAAGAGUUCAGUCGGUCUUGCUCUUAGUAACGUAAGUUCAGUCGGUCUUGCUCUUAGUAACGUAAGUUCUGUCGGUUUUGCUCUUAGUAACGUAAGUUCUGUCGGUCUUGCUCUUAGAAACGUAAGUUCUGUCGGUCUUGCUCUUAGUAACGUAAGUUCUGUCGGUCUUGCUCUUGUUAACAAGAGUUCAGUCGGUUUUGCUCUUAGUAACGUAAGUUCUGUCGGUCCUGCUCUUGUUAACGUCAUUUCAGUCGGUCUUGCUCUUCUUAAC